UUCAUCCCUGUCCAGUCAAGGCCACUUAGCUGCCUGCUUCAGUUCUAAUACAAAUUUACAUGUAUUGAAGACCAGACCAGAAGUACUUCUGAAUUAAGAUCUCAAUUCUUUGAGGUGGCAUUAAAGAGCACUAAGAUCAGAAGAUGAGUGAACUUGACCAAUUACGGCAGGAGGCCGAACAGCUUAAAAACCAAAUUAGAGAUGCUAGAAAAGCAUGUGCAGAUGCAACUCUCUCUCAGAUCACAAACAACAUUGACCCUGUGGGAAGAAUUCAAAUGCGCACUAGGAGAACGCUGAGGGGCCACUUGGCCAAGAUCUAUGCUAUGCAUUGGGGCACAGACUCCAGGCUUCUUGUCAGUGCCUCACAGGAUGGUAAACUUAUCAUCUGGGAUAGCUACACCACAAACAAGGUCCACGCCAUCCCUCUACGCUCCUCCUGGGUCAUGACUUGUGCAUAUGCCCCUUCUGGGAACUAUGUGGCCUGUGGUGGCUUGGAUAACAUUUGUUCCAUUUACAAUCUGAAAACUCGUGAAGGGAAUGUACGUGUGAGUCGUGAGCUGGCAGGACAUACAGGUUACUUGUCCUGCUGCCGGUUCCUGGAUGACAAUCAGAUCGUCACCAGCUCUGGAGACACCACAUGUGCCCUGUGGGACAUCGAGACAGGCCAGCAGACAACCACAUUCACUGGACACACUGGAGAUGUCAUGAGCCUUUCUCUUGCUCCUGACACCAGACUAUUUGUCUCUGGUGCUUGUGAUGCUUCAGCCAAGCUCUGGGAUGUUCGAGAAGGGAUGUGCCGACAAACUUUCACUGGCCACGAGUCUGACAUCAAUGCCAUCUGUUUCUUUCCAAAUGGCAAUGCAUUUGCCACCGGCUCGGAUGAUGCGACCUGCAGGCUGUUUGACCUCCGUGCAGACCAGGAGCUCAUGACUUACUCCCAUGACAACAUCAUCUGUGGGAUCACCUCCGUCUCCUUCUCCAAGAGCGGGCGCCUACUUCUUGCUGGGUACGACGACUUCAACUGCAACGUGUGGGAUGCACUCAAAGCCGACCGGGCAGGUGUGUUGGCUGGACAUGACAACCGCGUCAGCUGCCUAGGGGUGACUGACGACGGCAUGGCUGUGGCGACAGGAUCCUGGGACAGCUUCUUGAAGAUCUGGAACUAACUCCAGGAGCAUGUGGAUGCCACGGAGACUGGAAGACCAUUCCACCCUUGACGCAUUACAGUGAGAGCAUAUCCUAUCCAACCGUACUAAUGUGGACACCCUACACUUCCCCUCAGAACUACAAAAGGGCAAGAUCUUUUUUCCUUCACUUAUUGCUGAAACCAAGAGCACAAUUCCCAUUAAGAGAAGGAUCUCUGUGCUGUAAACUAAACAAAUUGUGCAUUCCUUCCGGGGCCAUCGUCUUUGUUUUCUUUUUUGUCUUGAAUUUUAAAAGGAAAUACUAUAAUAAAAAUAUUAACCAGAAGGUAAACCUGAGUAUAAUUGUGAGACAGACACACCUCUUCACUAGUUGAAUUUUAGACCAGUGAUCCUGUUUUGUGAUAUUCAUGCAAAACAAGUUGAGGACUUUAUCUUGUAAUCAUUUCUAAAUUUCAAGUCAUGUUUGUAGCAGGAUUUUGGAAGCACUCAUAUUUCCUUUUUUAAAUAUCUUCCUUUAUGUCCAACAGAUAAACAGAACCAGAGAGUCUAGGGCGGCCUCUCUGGUGUUGUCAGUGAUGUAAAUUUAGUCCCUGGUUUUGUUUUGUUUUGUUUUUUUGGUCUAAUGUCACAAAUGAUUGUUGCACACAAACACCGCGUAGAAAAGAACAUGUGAAGUAACCAAGCACGUCCUGUCGAUGGUCUUCAAUGUGAGAUCAAAGAGUCCCAUACCUUUUCUGAAUAGCAAACUCAGAUCCAGCACCCACUUUCCUCCUGGCCCAGCUCCUCUGCCGUCCAAUUUAGUUUUCAUCUCACCUUGGGUUUCCUUGUGCAGUUGGAGGGAAGUUUGUAACAGCCUAACCCUAACCCACCCCACCCUCAACUACCAGGAACCCGUUUUUGAGAGAUGCCUGUCCUGUGCUUGGAUAGUCGGUCGGUUAUUUGUGUAUGAAACAAUGUACAAAUCAAUGUUUUGAAAAUAAUGGUCUCAGACUUUCUAAGUUAAAUUUAAAAAAAAAUGAUUGUUUGCCAUAUUGGGUGGGUUUACUCUUAGAAUCGCAUGCUGUAGAAAUGCUCAAAAGUGCAUAUAGGACUCAGUCCUUAGAUGUUCUUUUUCUUUUAUGAAAUAACCUCCUAAAGUGUAACCACUGCGGCUCUAUCCACUUCUUGCUGUUGCUAUGUGCACACGUACCGGGAGCAGCACUGUGAGCAGUGCCACGCGCCUGAGUAGCGGGACAAGUCACUGUCUUAUUUCUUUAAACAAAAACAGUCCUGUUGCAAACAGUUGCUGUUGGAUUCUGAGGGUGGGGAGGGAAAGGGAAGGGGACGGAGUGCUGCCCACCCGCCCAUCAGCUCCUCAGGGCCUGUCUCUCCCACAGAACAAGCCUUUGGCAUCUGAGGCAGAUCAUUUUUAUCAGAUGCAGAUUUCUCGGUUUUCUUUUCAAGCCCAGUGCUCAGCAGCAGCGUUUGGACAGCAGCACUCUGUGGACCCCCCAAGCCCAGCCCAGCCCAGCCUCCCUCAUAGCAGCAGUAGUGGCUUCUCCGUCCUGUCCUCUGCAGCACCCUGUACAAAACUGUGCUGUGACCGUGCGGUAGGCCUGGAUCUGGCAAAGAGUAUAAAAACGAAACCCCUUCUCUUUCCAUCAAACACCUCUGUAGAGCUCUCUGCACCCUUUACCCUUUUCACCUUUUGUAUUUAAUUUUAAAGUCAGUGUACUGCAAGGAAGCUGGAUGCAAGAUAGAUACUAUAUUAAACUGUACUGUUAUUUAAGAUGUAAUAAAGCAGUUUGACAUGA